UGAUCCAUCGUAGACAUCUUUACAAGUCACGACCAACGCGAUUAAUUCAUACGUUAUUUUCUGUAUUUUAACUGGUUUUUCAUUUGGGAAUACAUUGUACUAAAGGAUUUAAUAUAUCUUCAAGCGGUUAGAAUUUAUAGUUUUAAAAUCACAGUGGGUUUUAUUUUUCUGAAAGGAAAAGGAAGAUCAUCUGCUGCAACCAUGGCCCUCAGCGAUGCAGACGUUCAGAAACAGAUCAAGCACAUGAUGGCCUUCAUUGAGCAGGAGGCCAAUGAGAAGGCAGAGGAAAUUGAUGCAAAGGCGGAAGAGGAGUUCAACAUCGAGAAGGGUCGCCUGGUGCAGACCCAGAGGCUGAAGAUCAUGGAGUACUAUGAGAAGAAAGAGAAGCAGAUCGAGCAGCAGAAAAAAAUUCAGAUGUCUAACCUGAUGAACCAGGCCCGUCUGAAGGUGUUGAAGGCCCGUGACGACAUGAUUUCAGAAAUGUUGAAUGAGGCUCGUAAGCGGCUGGCCAACAUUGCCAAGGACCCGUCCAGAUACCCGGCCCUGAUGGAUGGGCUAGUUCUGCAGGGUUUCUAUCAGCUUCUGGAGACCAAAGUGACCAUCCGUUGUCGUAAACAGGACCUUCAGGUGGUUCAGGCGGCUAUCCAAAAGAACAUUCCCAUCUAUAAAGCAGCAGUGAAGAACAAUAUUGAAGUUCGUAUUGACCAGGACAACUUCCUGUCCCCAGACAUUUCUGGAGGAAUUGAGAUGUACAAUGCAAAUGGAAAGAUCAAGGUGUCCAACACUUUAGAGAGCAGACUUGACCUUAUGGCUCAACAGAUGAUGCCGGAAAUCCGAGUGGCUCUCUUUGGUCAGAACCAAAACCGCAAGUUCUUGGACUGAGUGUCUCUAUCCAUCGUCUUGCAGUUUUUUGUUCUUUAUGUUGUUGUGGAGAAGAUAACAUUCCUGUGUCUAUGAGAAGAAACCGAAAAAUGCAACUCAAAAUCGAAAAAGACCCUGUUUUUGUUGUUUUGUGAUGUGUUGUUGUAUAUAAGAGCAUCUUGGGACAGUAUACAAGAUCUGCUGCCCCCUCCUGGGGAUCUUGGGUUACACGCCAGAGUAUUCAUCAUUGUAAUGGUCAGCUGGACGGUUAUUAUUGCAUACUCUCUGGAUCAGGCUGCAUGUAAAGAAAUAGUAGCUGAUACAUCUUGCAUUUGUAAUUUUGUUUCAUCGUAAUCCCUAUGUCAAUAACACCUUGUUCAUGGAAAAAAUGGUGAGUGGUUUAUAGAGGAUUUACUCACCCCUAGCGAUUAGUGCCCAUCGAUCACUAAAAGAAGUGUUAGUGGGGAAUUUUAAGAUCAACUCCUUGUAUCAUUCCUUCCCUUGUUUAAUGUCUUUGCUGCUGUGUCAGGAAGGGGGAUGUUGUCGUUCCAUGGGGUGCUCCGUAUGUAUAUUAAGAUUCAAAUGCAUAUUAAAUUAUACGUGUGAUUGUGUUAUUGUUGGCGCUUUAUGUUCAUUUUGAUUGCACAAUUUCAUCUGAGGAGGUUAUAUUCUGAAAUUAUAUGGAAUAAAGUAUACAUCAAUAGGA